AUGGGUGGGUACUUUUCUAAAAACCUGGAGGAGUGUUUGAGGGAGGAGAAGAGAAACUUAAAUAGGUCCAUAAGGGAAUUAGAGAGGGAAAUAUUUAAACUAGAAAAUGAAAAAAAGCAAAUUGAAAAAAAUAUAAAAAUAUAUGCAAAAAAAAAUAAUUUAACUUUUGUACGUAGCCUAGCAAAAGAUUUUGUAAAAGUAAAACAAACGAUCACAAAAUAUAAUAAAAUUAAAUCACAUUUAUUUUCUAUGAAAAUAAAAUUGCAGAGUGUGAAAUCUUCUGAACAGUUAAGUAAAAGUUUAAAUGAUAUUAACAAAAUAAUUAAACGUGUUAAUAAUUAUCUAGACCUAAAUAAUAUUAAUAAAUCAAUAUAUACUUUUCAGAAACAAAAUAAUGAAGCGUCUUUAAAAGAAGAUAUGCUAGAUGAUCUAUUUGAUACUAUGAAUUACGAUAUAGAUAUGGCUGAGGAAGAAGAUGAAAUAGUAGCUAAGGUUUUAGAGGGGUUAGGUAUACAAAUGAACACAAAAUUGGACCAAAUACCAUCUGUUAUUGAAAUACACAAUGAGAAAGCAGACGAUGUGGACAUUACAAAUCUUGAGGAACGAAUAAACAAUUUGAAGAAGACAUAA